UAUAUUGCAUCGAUGGCAAGAUGCGGUUUUAGAGGGUCGAGGUCCACGGUCGACGUCGACGGUAGUGCGAUGGCGCGUUGGCGAGGGUGUCAGGGACGGGAGAGAGGAAGUGGGCGACGUUCCCCACGUCCGUCUGGUUUCUCCUCUCCUCUGAGCCUCCGAACGGGAGACGAGAGACGGGGAACCGGGACAAGGGACGAGAGACGACCAGAGUUAGUCGGUCGCUAGACGUGGCGGGAGUAGGUUCUUCGCUUGUCGGAACGUCUUGGCUCCGAUCGACGUAUACAGGGUGUCUAAAUCGUACUUUUCUCAUAUAUACGACCGCGUUGCACUCGCGACCUGUAUGUCCGUCGGUUCGGGACUCUUCCACACGAAGUAGCCGUAUUUCGAUACUUAUCUACGGGAAAAAAUCAUCGGGAACGACGCGGUUAAUGCGACGCGGAUCGUGUGAACGCUGGACGAUAAUAAAAAAUAAAUGCGAACCGGUCGUUGCACUCGGUUUUCGCUCCAGCAGUGUGAUGCGCGCGUGUGUCGUUCGUUGAAUUUCCAUGCGUGAUUCGUGUUCGGGCAACGUACCGUUACUCGUGACACUAGCCGAACCUCGUAGCGUAGCCGCGUCGUUCGUUGCAAACGCUCACUUCCUGUGGUACCACCGAGCGUACGGAUCUCGCGAAAGUGCAGCUCCAGUACGGAGAUUCGACUUGAGAUAGAUCGAAGUUCUCGAGUUCGCGGUGGUCAGUCUUUGCGAAGUGGAACGGGCGUGAUCGUGACACCGGAAGAGAGGCCCGUUGUGUCUCCGAUCAUCACCGGAGAUCCGUGAACACGAAUCGUGUUUAAACCCGGGCCAGUGUUUUAACGGUCGAAUCCCGCGGUGUGACGGCCGCGACGGGAAGUCGAGUCUCCGGAGUCCGAUAAUGCGUACAGUAAGCAAAGCGAUGAGACAUCGCGCGAUCAGCUGACUAGCCGAAUUGUUUGGCGGUCGUAGAGAAGACUGGAGGACCAACGACGGACGACAACGAUCGUCCACUUGUUCGGUGAUGACGUUCGGGACACCAUUCCAUACCGAGAAGGCGUAUUUUCCCAGCGAUAACCCAAUCCGGCCCGAUACCAUGGCUGCUGAGGAGGGUGCGCUGAGCGGCGGACUCGGGGCGAAAUUAAAAUGUCCGACUCCUAUAUCACGCCUGAGGGUGGAGAAGAUCGAGGGUGGCCUGAUGGUAGCCGGAGUCGUGAUAGCUGCGAACUGCCAGAUCGCUCUUCCGGCAUUCGGCUUUCUCUUUAUGCUGGUCGGCGCUGUGCUCACUGGUACGUACAUACCUUUCUGCUCCUACUCAUCGUUUUCACCUAUUUUUCGCCUGUCUGCGAUGCUACGCGAAACUGUGGCAUGCUCUGUUUGCCUCGUCUUCGACGUAGCAAACCAUACUGGUUACCAUAGAGUUAGUAUAGAUAGAGUAGGCAAGCCCGGUAGGUAGGCGUCCGGUGAAUAAAAAGAGAAAGGAAAUUGGAUUUGGUGGUGCUAUCUUUCUCUUACGACGAAACAGAGAAGAAAUAAUAAUACCAAGUUCGUUUUUUCUCUCUUUCUAUCGAUGUGAUGUUUCCACUUACACGCGCACCUAU